CUUCUCCACUGCAACGUCAGAGCUGUUGCUCUUCUAAGGUUCUUUUGCUUUAGAUAUUUCCACCAACUCAAGCAGAGAGCUGUCUCUCACCCUCUACUUUUUCUUUUUUUCGUUUUUACCCCGGUUAAGUCAACCCACCCCCCCCUCAAGGCUUCAUCUUUCAGCCUAUCUUUUUCCCUUUCCCCCUUAUUUGUCCUCAUCCACAUCCCAGGCAGACAGCUGAGCGGCUACGCCUCCGCAAACCAAUCAUAAUUCUAUUUUUUCCCUCCCGCAUCAUUCGCCCUUCCUUCCCGUCACUCUUACGACUCUCUUUUCUUUUUGAAUCACGUCUCUUUCCAUUCUCACUCAGUGGGUGCUGGUCUUACCCUACCUCGAAAGAAUUUUAUUCACCUCUACUUCCCCUCCUUUCCUGUGACCUCCAAGAGAAAUUCAGGAAAAUGUCAUGGCAGCUGCCCCGCUAGAGAGCUCUAGCACCCCGCCUGAUCCCAUAUCGAUCGACCCGACGUGUUCUCCUGGCGAUCCCAUGGAAGAAAGCGAUCCUCAAUCCACCCGGAAACGUCCCCGUCUCGACAGUGGAAGCGGCAUCCGGGAGCCUUGGUCAAAUAACGAGGUUCCUGCUUCUCUAAUAGCCGAGCGGGCUCCGGAUGCUCCUGCCACGAGUGAGCAAGAAGCUCUUGCAUCGACCCGCCCGGCCAGCCGAAUAACUAUCAACAUGAAAUCCCCAGUCGCCGAUAACAUGCCUAAAGAUACCUCCGCUAAUCAGUCGAACGCCCAUUCCCCGACGCCUUCCGUGGAUGACGUCGGCGCUCGUGCAUCGAACGCAAUAUCAUUAUCAUCCUCCCCUGCCCAGAGCCCGGAGAUUGAAGUGGCGGAGCUGGAGGACAUGGACCAAGACCCAAGUACAUCGAGUUGGAAGCCGCUGGGCGAAACGUUGGGAAAUCCCGGUGUGGUGCAGCUUCACGAACAACCGCCUCUGACAGAGACCUUCCCCAAGUUCCGCGGCGAUCUUGAUCUGCGUGAGAAUCUGGAGGAGAUCGGGGCAAUCAUUGAGAAAGGGUCACCGCAUGACGCAACGGCGUUCUUUCUUGCCGUGAAAAGCUGGCUUGAUGAUGUCGCGAACAACCUAGAGCAGUUGACCUUCGAGGGCCUAUUAGAUGAGCGGGACUUUUGGGAACAACUUCCUGUUAUAGCGGAGAGUUUGCUGCGGAGUUCACAAGAUCUUCAGCCAGAUGAAGGCCGAGGGCCCUGGAUAUGCCUGGAAGAGUUCUUUAUUAACUAUACCCGGCUUGCGCUCCACAUAAUCCGCCUGGACACCUUAAUAUUGGGUCAAUUGAUAGAAGACACGGACUUGCAGGCAUCGGAUUUAAUAUCGAGAACCUAUUUCCCAUCACUUGGCUGGAUGCUCCAAGUAAAUGGGAUUCCGUUCUUUCGUACUGCGGAAAGAAUACAUGGCGCCGAAGUUAUCAACUUGGCUGCUCGUCUCAAUGACCAGAUUGUGGCUCCUCCAUUCAACAUGCUCCAGUGGUUAUCCGAGUAUGCUUCCUAUAUCAUGACCUUGAUUCCCCGUUGGCCUCAACUUUCGGCUCCCCUAGUUUCAAUAGUGACAAUCUUGCACAACUUGGUGGAUUCUGGGAAUGAGCGGAGGAAGUACCAGGCAGAUGAUGCUCUGACCAACUCUCCCGCCUAUCUACGUACCAUGAAGACGGUUUAUAACCUGAUACGUCUCAUAGAUGAAAAUUAUCAGACACACGUAAGCAAGAAGUCCUCGUGGGUCACUAGCGAUAUAAGUGAUCCAAUGCUCCGCUUCAUUUCCUGGAUCUACUUCACAGUCUCUCUUCGUGACCGAGAUCCUACCUUGCAGAUUGCCAAAGAUCUCUCCAUAAAGAUCCCCGAAGGUAUACCCCCAGAGGAUUAUGCUUCUAUCGUAUACUAUGGCUGGAAAUUUGCUGCUCUGAAGAAGCAUAUACUGGAUGGGCGUAUGGAGCUAAGGGUCCACGGCAUGGAGACAAUGCAAAUGGACUUGGUCAACGUUUGGCGGCAGUAUAUUCAGAGUGAUCCUGCAGGUAUUGAGCAUCCCGUCGUCCAAUAUCUUGUCAGGUUUCUACGGGAGCAUGAAGUUGUCGAAUAUAUCGUUAGCAUCGAUUCCCACCCUCAGCUUAUCAGCAGAAGUGGCAACAUUGUAGGCUUCUUGAUUGUCACGUCCACAUACGCUGACACGGACACGGACACAAUCUGGAAGGCCGUGACGGAGAGCCCCGACCCGAGAACGGUGUCCGAGGUUCUUAGAAUGCUUACAAGGACCUUUCACAUGCAUCUAUCUACAUCUCCGGCGUUGUUAUAUUUGUGUUCUAAGCUUCUUGAUUUGCCGCUGGCUCGUUUUGACGCACGGAUGGUGGAUUUCUGUGAGCAGCUUCUCCAUCAAAUACGUGAAAAACACAGCGAAAGACACCAGCUGUUGGAUGAGCCGCAUGUGGACGCUGUGCCACUACGGUUGUGUGUACGUCUGAUCCGGGAAAGUGCUGCGACAAACGAUCUCUCUGUCGAGCAUAAGACUCUUCUACAGAAGUUCUCAAGUUCACAGCUUACCUUGUUCAUGGAUGUUGGACUCAGCGAACUGGACAAAAUGGAAACGUACGAGCGCUGUGUCCAAGACCUUGCUGAGAUGAAUCAGUUCACCGUUGGUAGUAUACAAGCACUGAAUGCCUUGAUUCCGACCUAUGACACACAAGAGAUACGAAAGCUCGCCAUGGAUUUUGACUUGACGCGCUUAUUGAUAAACGAAAUCGCUCAUACCGUGGACAUGAACCAAACAGACUUCACGGAAUCGUUCUCGAGGAAUGGCUUCCUUUCCCGUGUACACUUACUAACCCGCAUCAUUGACAAGGUUCCGGAAUCCAUCACUGUCGAUUUAGGUGAUCUGUUGUGGCAAAAAGUCCUUAUGUCGCAAAAACUUGCUCAACAAGGCAGACGGGCACUCUGGGACACCCUAUGUGGUCUUACCAGACAUAGUACGAAGAGCAACCCAUUCAUUGAACGUUGUAUCCACGGGUAUCUGUCCGACCUGUCUCCCGCUGAAGGCUAUUUCCUUGAAGUUCUCUCUUUUGCCAAACAGGCCAUCAAUUACGAAGUUCGCUUCAAUCCCCCACCGAUUGCGGGUGACAAUGAGGUUAUCUCAAUCCCAGGAAUAGACCGCAUAUGGGAUAUUAUCCUGACGGCCCCACCUGGCUCAAUCGAAACUGAUGCCACUAAUUUUGCCAUAGAGGUCUACCUUGAUCAUAACAUCAUUCACCGAUCGCCGCGGUCUGCAGUUGAAGCCACCCAUGUUGCUUUGGUUGAUCGCUGUGUUGACCAGCUCAAGUCUGCCGCAUCUAAGUUGAAAUCUUCUCGUGAUCAACGUGACAAUGAUAUUGACGUAUCAAUGGCAGUGGAGGGGUCUGAGGAUGAACGCCAGAUGGAAGAAUUGAGGUUCGGUCGUUCCCUAUUCUUCUUGCGCCGGUUUCUGCAAGGCCUGCGUAGUCGGCCCCAGUACAGCCCGCCCCAAAAUUCGCCACCUGGCAUACCUGGUAGACCGGUGAAAGGCGAGCUGGUUAAUAUUCGCUAUCAAGCUUUUGAUGGCAGUACACAGUCAAAGGUCCGCUCCCUGCAGAUUGGUGAUCUCUCGACUGCACCUGAGCUGGUUGAGAGGCUUGUACAAACCACUGGUUUCUUGAAACUCAACACUAUCUAUAGUGGGCAUAGGAUCGAUCUCCUUGAAAAGCCUAGCCUGACCGUUCGAGAUCUCAAUUUAAGCUCUGGGCUGCUAAUUGUUCGUCGAGAUCCUGACAGCCGUGAGGUGGCACUGACAGGACGACGUCAGUCUCUAACAUCAGUCGACUCCGAAGUACUUAAGCACUUUGAUGAUCUUUAUGACCUUCUAGCUCUCGAGGAUCAUUUAGCCCGGGAGAUUUACGACUUCCUUGUUGUCUUCCCUCCCCAAGAAAGAGUCCUACAGUUAGUCAGGUCCGUCGACACGCCUGAGGAAGACAUGUUCCCUAUGGAUAAACCGUAUAAUUUUCUCUACUCAGUAAAUGCACUUUCUAUUUGCCUGAGAGAGGAAGCACUGGAAUCGUCACCGAAUCAAGCAUUUGUGUGUCACAGUGUCCGAGUCCUGGUUGCUGCUUUGACACGUCCCGAAAUGUGUGACUCCAUGAGUAACUGUUCUACGAAGCUCCUUUUUGCCACCAGUCUUGUUGAAUGUCUCCUCUAUGCUCUUCUUGUGAGACCACCUUUGGCCAGCGAUGCAUCCUUGGUCCCGGAUUCGACGGCUUUGGUCCGCCAGUUACUGCACUUAAUGGAAGUUGGGCGGCAUCUGUCACCGGGUUAUCUUUCGGAACUUGGUAUACAUAAGUUAAUUUGCAACUCCUUUGCUAUCAUGACUGAAGGCGCUGUUCGCGAUCCCGAGUUUUGGACUGUGAUUAAACAGCAAACACAAUUCGACCACCUUCUGUUUUCGCUUCUGUUAGAGGAGGGCCGCCAGCCUAUUCGAAAAGGUAUCUCGGAGAACAUAGCUGUUGCCUGCAGCCCAUCGAAGUUACUCAAGAAACCAGGAAAAUCAGAAACUCCAGAACUACGAGCGGCAACAGCUUCUGAGAAUCCGGCCAGAAUUGAUAUUCUCGCAACAAUUUGGGAGGCAUUUGUAGAGAACUUCCCGCGUACACUAGAAUGCGUCCAGCAGUCUCAGGAGUUCUUUGACAUUGCCCACUUGGUGUUCCAUUCGGUUGCGGAAAAGUCGCCGCGCGAUCUCAUGUUGAGCGACUAUCUCAAGCAAUGGAGUACUAUCAUGCUGAAUCAUCAGACUGAAGAGUUUGUUGGACGAGAGCCUGUCGACCAUUUACUCUUAGGUUUUUGUCGGCUCCUAAGGUCGUGUCUAGAGCUCGCAGGCUCAACCAAUAUCACAGUGGAAACGUUUAAUCUCACCGAGAGCCUGUUUGACAAAUAUCUUUUUCCGGAUCUUUCUGAGUCUACAACCCAUGCUAUCGCCCCUCAGACCCCAGUGAUGCAUACUCCAUCUCGGCAGGAACUAUACAGCAUACUAAGCCUACUAUGCAAAUAUGAUGAGAACUAUUCUAAGAUCGUGGAGCGCCUAGAAGAUAUCAUCCCAGAAGACUAUACAUACUCAUCCUCUUGGUGUUUCGAUCGUCACAAAAUGAUCCGAGCGCCUGAAGGCUAUGCUGGAUUGAAGAAUCUGUCCAACACUUGCUACCUAAACUCGCUGUUGACACAGCUUUUCAUGAAUGUCAGCUUCCGCGACUUUAUGAUGCAGCUCCGACUCGUGGACCCACUUGUCUCCCAGAAGUUACUUGAGGAGACAAAGAAGGUUUUUGGUUAUAUGCAAGAAACGUGGCUCAAAAGUGUCGACCCACAGGGAUUAGUGGACUCGAUAAGGACGUACGACAAUGAACCUGUCGAUGUCACGAUACAAAUGGAUGUUGACGAGUUCUACAACCUGCUGUUUGAUAGAUGGGAGGCUCAGAUUACGGACGCUGAUGAAAAGAAGAAGUUUCGUUCCUUUUAUGGCGGCCAGCUCGUGCAACAAAUCAAGUCUAAAGAGUGUUCCCAUAUCUCUGAGCGCCUUGAGCCCUUUUCUGCGAUACAAUGCGAUAUAAAGGGUAAAGCGAGUCUUGAGGAGAGUCUUCAGGCGUACGUCGAAGGAGAGAUCAUGCAGGGAGACAACAAAUACUCCUGCACUUCUUGUGGGCGACAUGUCGAUGCUGUAAAGAGGGCUUGUUUGAAAGAUGUUCCCGAUAAUCUCAUAUUCCAUCUCAAACGCUUUGAUUUUGAUAUGGUCACGAUGAUGCGCAGCAAGAUUAAUGACGAGUUUCAAUUCCCUGAGCACAUUGAUAUGAGCCCAUUUAAAGUUGAGUAUCUCUCGGAUCCAAACGCAGAGGUUCAAGAAGACCUUUUCGAAUUGGUUGGUGUUUUGGUCCAUAGCGGUACAGCUGAAUCUGGUCACUACUAUUCGUACAUCCGUGAAAGGCCUACUGCUGAUAGCAGAGGCUCAUGGGUUGAGUUCAAUGACUCGGACGUGAGUCGGUUUGACCCAUCCAAGAUUGCGGACCAAUGCUUUGGCGGUUACAAUGACUCUCUGAACAACGCUUCCAUGGGCCAGGUCCGGUUCAACAAAGUGUGGAAUGCUUACAUGCUAUUCUAUCAACGCGUCUCGAGUAUGGAAUUAUCUAAGUCGAUUUAUGAGCCAACCUCGAGCUUCUGUCCAGUUCGGGUACAGUUACCAGUGCCUCUUGCGAACCAUAUUGUGAUGGAAAACGAAAUCUUCAUACGGACUUAUUGUUUGUUGGACCCAUAUCACACACUCUUCGUGCGAUACAUCCUUUGUCAGCUUCACGAUAUGAGGGAUUUUAAGCGUAUGGGGGAAUUUAAGUUGGAUAAAUCUGUUAUUUUCAUCGCUUUGGAUACACUUGAACAGCUAAUUUCAAGAAACAGAGAGCCAUUGGGGCUGGAUGUGAUUGUGUCUGAGCUGCUCAGAGUCAUCAAUGAGCUGCCUAAGGCAGCCUACAGAGUCCUGCAGUGGGUAGCAGAAAGACCAGCUGGUAUACGCAAUCUGGUUCUAAAGAGUCCCCAUGCUGCUGUUCGAAAUAGUUCGAUCAGGAUAUUUAUAUGCGCUCUUUCAAGACUCCAAGAGCUGUGUAACAACGCUGAGCAGGAGAGCUUUGAGAAGGACAGAUGGCGUACACGAUACCUGGACGGCUUCGAAAACGUGGUCGCAUCAUUGGAUGGCCUCUGGGCGACACUUCAUACAGUAAGCCGGUCAUGGGAUGAUUACUUUGAGUUUUUGUUACUACUUGCAAGCUUUGGCCCUCAAGAAGCCGGGAUGGUGCUCAGUUUUGGGUUCCUUUCCAAAUGCUUGGAAAUCGUGUGGCUCGAUCGUGACGACACAAAGAGGCUGAGGCGUCACUACCUUGCUUAUUGCAAGCUCCUUGAGAAGGGAAGAAGAUAUUCACAUAGGAAACUCACGGAUCUCUUGUCCACGCUGCUAACGCACAUCGACUUCUCUGCCUUGCCUACACCGGAGGAAGAGAGAGAGACCCUACCCGACAAUAGGUAUUCUCUCACAGUUAUGGAGAACGAACUCAUUCGACCUGUUGGGAGAAGCAAUGAAUUACUGCUUCUGAAGAAACUCCUUCAGCAGUACAGUAACCCACAAGCAUGUAGGAACAUUGUUGGCUUGCUUGUUGAUGCUGAGCCCGAGGCUGGCCUCACGGACCCGAUUUGCAAGGCGCUCGAAGACGGCUUACGAGUUGCCCCUGCCGAACUUUGUGCCCCGUUCUUGGAAGCGACAUUGAUUUUCUGUCGACGGAGUACUGAUGAAGAAAGAAUCGUUUCCUUGAUCGACUACGUUGCAAAAGGAGUGGAGUCUAUCAACGAUAGCGGGGGUAAAGAGCACCUUGCGUUCUUCACAAGCAUUAUGUCGUGCCGUAACGAGCAUCUUGAUCUCAAUGAGGCAUGGUUCUCAUCCCAGCUUAUAGAUAAAAUACCGGACUGGGCUCCCACGUUGCUCAUGUUUCCAGACAGAACGGUCAGAACUAUGACCAUGGAAUUCUUACGCCGAAUACUGUUCACGGGUGAGGCCGGCGAUAUCGGCGACGACUGGCAAUCGCGCCAUACUCAGGCAGCCAAGGAGCUUGUGCAUGCAAGCAUUAGCAGGUUGAGAAAGACAUACCUAUCAACUCCUGGAGGCAAUGUCGAAACAAAAGUUGUAGAGACGAUUAAGGCAGUUGUUAAUCACUGCUUGGUCACUUACUUCGACGAUAGUGAACAGGAUCAGGAAUAUGUCAGUCAGGCGCAGGCCGUCAUUGGGGCUAUAGAGGAACUAUCUGUUGAUAUGCCCGAGGAGCUGGCUUCUGAGGAAUGGGAGGAACACUCAAUGAUAGCAAGCGACUCAGAUGUAGGGGUUGCAGGUUCACCAUGAGCUGCGCUACUGGGAACCAUACCUGAAACCCUGCCAUUGUAUCAUGAGAGAUGAACUGGAACAAAGGGAAGAAAGCAAGAUCACCUCUCUUUGCUCUUACCUUUUACCUUUGCUCUGCUUGGGACUGCAUUAAUCGGCGUUUUCUUUUGCCCAUCUACACUAGAAAUGAGUCUCUGAUCUGGAACUCUGUAAAAAGGAAAGGACUGUUUCUCUUUUUUGUUUUUGCUCGCUUUUAGGUCUUUUUUUACUCCUUGUCUCUCCAUUUUCUAUUUCUUCGGCUAUCUGCGAAAUAAAGAAAGGGUAAUGGUGUUGUUGUUCUGCAAGAACUUGCAUUGCUUUUGCUGGAGAGCCUGCACGAUUUGUUUCUGCGUUGUCCCUAUGAUGAGCCAGGGAACGAUAUUGCUUGAUUGAAUGAGUGACGGCUGCAAAAUGAGACUUCCCAUGGCAUUGGUUCCUGGAUGGUCCACAAAUUCAUGGAACAAAUAGAAGGACUACCUUAGAAAGAAAGCAGGACUUUCAAUUGACUAUGUUGGUCUCU